AUGUCGCUCUUCUGUCCUACAGCAGAAUGGCCCCCCAUAGUGGGAGUUGUGCACUGUGCAGGCGUCUUGGGAGACUCCUAUGCUCAUGACACAACGAUGAACAGUUUCUGGCAAGUGUUCGCGCCUAAGGCCUUGGGUGCGUGGAACAUGCACCUCGCUACACAACACAUGGAUCUGGACUUCUUUGUCCUGAUUUCGUCCUUGUCGAGUGUCCUCGGACUUGCAGGCCAGUUUAGCUAUGCUGCUGCGAACCAGUUUCUGGAUGGGCUGGCACAUCACCGCCGGGCGUCCAACCUACCAGGACUUUCUCUGAAUCGCGGUGUGUUGGGAGAAUUUGCAGGCAUGUCUCGCAAAUCGGCCCAAAACGAUAGGGUGCUCCAAAUCCUAAAGUCGACAGGGUCGCGGGAACUCGGUUUCAACCAAGGCUGCAUCUAG